CGGCGGCACUGCCCGCCACAGUUCGGAGUGCAUAGCUGACCGGAGUGGAACCACAGAGAAGAUCCAGAAUCCAGAUGGCUGAGCCGCAGUACGCCAACUACGAGGACAUGCGAAACUCCGGUCCGACCAGCUCCACGGCCUACAUGGUCAACAUGGGUGCCGGUGGAAUGGCGCCGGAGGAACCUGCCCGGGUUCCCGGAACAGCUCAGCAGUACCGCGGCUUCAAGACGUCCGAGAACGAGCCCAAGGGCAUCAUGGAGUGGGUGGUCACCUUCUUCUCCGUGCUGAUCUUCAUCAUCACCUCGCCGAUCGCCAUCUUCAUCUGCUUCAAGGUGGUGGCCGAGUACGAGCGGGCGAUCAUCUUCCGCCUGGGCAGGCUGAGCGGCGGGGCGCGCGGUCCCGGCAUGUUCUUCAUCCUGCCGUGCAUCGACGAGUACCGCAAGGUGGACCUGCGCACGGUCACCUUCAAUGUGCCGCAGCAGGAGAUGCUGACGAAGGACUCGGUGACGGUCACCGUGGACGCGGUGGUCUACUAUCGCAUCAGCGAUCCCCUCUACGCGGUCGUCCAGGUGGAGGACUACAGCCUGUCCACCCGCCUGCUGGCGGCCACCACGCUGCGCAACAUCGUGGGCACCCGCAAUCUCUCCGAGCUGCUGACCGAGCGCGAGAUCCUCGCCCACACCAUGCAGGCCACCUUGGACGAGGCCACCGAGCCCUGGGGCGUCAUGGUGGAGCGUGUGGAGAUCAAGGACGUCUCCCUGCCCGUUUCCAUGCAGCGCGCCAUGGCCGCCGAGGCGGAGGCCGCCCGCGAUGCCCGCGCCAAGGUGAUCGCCGCCGAGGGCGAGAAGAAGUCGGCCACUGCCCUCAAGGAGGCCUCCGAUGUCAUCUCCUCCAGUCCCUCGGCCCUGCAGCUGCGCUACCUGCAGACCCUGAGCAGCAUCUCGGCGGAGAAGAACUCGACGAUCAUCUUCCCGCUGCCCAUGGAGCUGCUGACUCCGUACCUGGCCAAAUAUGCCCACCUGUUGGGGCCGCCGACGCCGGAAACGCCGGAGAAGAACGACAACCUGCUGCUCAAUGCCCAGGCCGCUUGGCCCAAGACAAACCUAUGAUAUGUGUACAUUUUAAAGCAAAUCUUGAGUAUUUAUACUUUUUUUGUCUUAAUAAAAAGUUAUCCGGCGAGGAGAACAG